GCGCCGCUGGCUCAGGCGGGGCGCAGCCGCUUCCGGCUGCCCGGCCUCGGCCAUGCUGCCGCUCGCCGCCCGCUGCCUGCGGAGCCUCUCCCUGCCCCGGUCCCCGCACCCGCUCUGCGACCGCGGGCUCCUGUGCCGGCGGGUGCGGGGAGCACCGCGGGGCUCGGCCGCGGGCGGGCGGAGCCUGGUUCUGAAGACCCCCAAGGGCACCCGCGACCAUCACCCCGCUCACGUGGUGCUCCGUGACCGGCUUCUCGCCACCGUGAUCGCCUGUUUCAAGCGGCAUGGGGCGGCCCCCCUCGACACCCCCGUGCUGGAGCUGCGGGAGACCCUGGUCGGGCAGUACGGGGAGGGAGCGAAGCUCAUCUACGAGCUGCAGGACCAUGGAGGGGAGCUGCUGGCCCUGCGCUACGACCUGACCGUGCCCUUCGCUCGCUACCUGGCCAUGAACAAGGUCACCAACAUGAAACGCUACCAGGUGGCCAAGGUCUACAGGAGGGACAACCCUGCCACCACCCGCGGGCGCUACAGGGAGUUCUACCAGUGCGACUUUGACAUUGCUGGACAGUUUGACCCAAUGAUUCCUGAUGCUGAGUGCUUGAAGGUCAUGCACGAGAUCCUGAGUGACCUGCAGCUUGGGGACUUCAUCAUCAAGGUCAACCACCGGCUGGUUCUCAAUGGAGUCUUCGCUGUCUGUGGCAUCCCAGAGAGCAAAUUCAUCACCAUGUGCUCCACUGUGGACAAGCUGGACAAGAUGGCAUGGGAGGAGGUGAGGAGUGAGAUGGUGGCAGAGAAGGAGCUGUGCCCCGAGGCCGCCGACCGCAUCGGGGACUACGUCCGGCUGCAGGGUGGCCUGGAGCUGAUCGAGCAGCUCCUGCAGGACCCGGAGCUGUCCCAGAACAAGCAGGCCAAGGAGGGGCUGGGGGACAUGAAGCUGCUCUUCGAGUACCUGACCCUGUUCGGCAUCACAGGCAAGGUCCGCUUCGACCUGAGCCUGGCGCGGGGCCUGGACUACUACACAGGGGUGAUCUACGAGGCUGUGCUGCUGCAGCAGGAGAGGCAGCCCGGGGAGGAGCCCCUGGGCGUGGGCAGCGUGGCUGGCGGCGGGCGCUACGAUGGGCUGGUGGGCAUGUUCGACCCCAAGGGCCGCAGGGUGCCCUGCGUGGGGGUCAGCAUCGGCAUCGAGCGCAUCUUCUCCAUCCUGGAGCAGAGGCUGGAGGCUUCUGGUGAGAAGAUUCGGGCGACUGAGACCCAGGUGCUGGUGGCUACACCUCACAGACACCUGCUGCCUGCCAGGCUGAAGCUCAUCUCUGAGCUGUGGGAUGCAGGGAUCAAGGCCGAGAUGCUGUACAAGAAGGACCCCAAGCUGCUGAAGCAGCUGCAGUACUGUGAGGACUCAGGCAUCCCCCUGGCUGCCAUUGUAGGAGAGCAGGAGCUGGCAGGUGGAGUUGUCAAGCUGCGAGACGUCAGGACGAGAGCAGAGGUUGACAUCCCAAGAGAAAAGCUUGUGGAUGAGAUCAGAAGAAGGCUGCAGCCCUAGGACUGCCCUGGCCAGAGCUGCUUGGCUGAGCUGCUGUCCAAGUGGGACCCUCCAGCACCCUUAGCCAUGCACCUACCACUGAGGUCUGGUCGCCAUCCACUCAUCUGCCUGGGCUGAGGCAGUGCCAGCAGGGGACAUCUGCUCAGGAAGGAGCAAGUGGGUUGAAGAAGUCACCAGGGUAACCUGGUUACCUUGCUCUGGAGGUUGGGUCAAGCUUGUGGAUUGCUGAUCUUGCAGUUCCUGUACCUCUGCAGCCAUCUCCAUGCACUGCAGGAGGUGGUGGUGGCACUGGCAGGGAUGGAGACAGUGCAGCUGAAGCAGGAGCAGCCUGAGCUCCAGGCUGUCAGGGGGGAAUCUGGGGGGUGUUAGGUGCCUGCAGGCUGAGGACAAAGGCCACCUCCACUCCUCCAAGGGCUGCAGCCUGUAGCCAGGCUCUGAGGUUGAGUUUGGGGCCAAAUGCUGUCUGAGGAACCUGGGCUGUGGCAGUGGCCUGUGAGGAACAGGGACCUGCUUGAGGAGGGGCAGGACACAGGGGCAGGCUGUAGCAGGGCUGAGUGUGAAGAACUCUGUAUUUUUGUAGAUUAAAAACCUCCAAAGCACACACACACAAA